UCGCGCCGCCGUGCUGCAGGUAGUAACUCCUCCCCCUCCGUCCUGCCGCUUUAAACACAAUAACCGCCGCUUCUCGUCGGGCUCCGGGGGACAAACCGAAGCGCCUCCGGGAGGACCGCAGCGUGACCGCGAAGCCUCCUCUGCGGGCCACAGUCUGAUUGGCUCUGCAGACCCAGGUCAGUUCUGUUUGUGGUGCCAGAAUCUUUCUCGGCUCUGUACCAGUGUUCCCAGUGGCUUCCAGCCCACUUCCAGCUCUGUCAGGCCUGCAGAGCCACUGCACGGAGGCGGCACAGAGCCAGCCUGGUGAAUUAGAGAUCCGUCCUGAUCCAGACUUCCUGCACUGAUGAUGAAGAUGAUGAUGAGGUGUGGCCACGUCUGAGCUGCAGAGGUCAACACCGUCCUCAGUCUUGGAUUCUACUUCCCUUUUGGGAAUUCUGGGAAAUCUCUGCUCUUCCGUGGCAUGUGGAGCUCAUGGAUCCUCCAACUCGGAGCUGUUGGGAUGUGAAAUAAGUCCUCUGUGGAUUGUAAAACUCAUACAUUUCGCUGGGAGGGAACCACACGUUUCUGAGCUUCUGUUUGGAGUUGGAAGUGAACUGGGAAAAUUCCUGGAUACUGGAUCAUGUUUUAGAAUAAAAAAUAGUGAUUUAAUCUGGGUGGAACGCCUUUUUGGCUGUUUUAUUGUUGGAUUUUAUCCCUGAACUUCUUCUGUUCCUCCUGUGGGAGUUUUCAUCUUAUUAUUUAUUUUUUUGUUAUUGGCAUCCUCUCAGCUGGAGGGAAUGGAUCCGUCUCCUUGGAUAUGGAUGACAGGAAGCUGAUCCCUGCAGACAAACGAGAAGAGAGGAGGGAUAUGUCGUGGAAGAGGAACUACUUUGCGUCGAGUGGUGGUGGAGGAGGGGGGGGUGGGAUGCAAGGAGUCAUGACGCCUCGGACCAUGACGUCCAUCGCUCCCAGUAAAGGGCUGAGCAACGAGCCGGGUCAGAACAGCUGCUUCCUGAACAGCGCCCUGCAGGUUCUGUGGCAUCUCGACAUUUUCCGCCGCAGCUUCCGUCAGCUCACCUCUCAUAAGUGCAUGGAGGACUCGUGCAUCUUCUGCGCCCUAAAGAGCAUCUUCGCUCAGUUUCAGUACAGCAGUGAGAAGGUGCUGCCGUCCGACGCCCUGCGCACCGCGCUCGCCAAAACCUUCCAGGAUGAGCAGAGGUUCCAGCUCGGCAUCAUGGACGACGCCGCGGAGUGCUUCGAAAACAUCCUGAUGAGGAUCCACUUCCACAUCGCAGACGAGACCAAAGAAGACAUCUGCACGGCCAGACACUGCAUUCCCCACCAGAAGUUCGCCAUGACGCUGUUCGAACAGUGUGUGUGCAGCAGCUGUGGAGCAUCUUCAGACCCUCUGCCCUUCAUUCAGAUGGUGCACUACAUCUCCACCACCUCCCUCUGCAACCAGGCGGUGAAGAUGUUGGAGUCGAGGGAGAAGGCGACUCCGAGCAUGUUCGGGGAGCUGCUCCGGAAUGCCAGCAUGGGAGACCUGCGCAGCUGUCCCAGUCAGUGUGGUCAGCAGCUCCGCAUGGCCCGCGUCCUCCUCAACAGUCCGGAGAUCAUCACCAUCGGCCUGGUCUGGGACUCGGACCACUCGGAUCUGGCUGAGGACGUCAUCCACACACUGGGAACCUGCCUGCGUCUCGGAGACCUGUUCUACAGGGUGACGGAGGAGAAGGCCCGGCAGGCCGAGCUCUACCUGGUCGGCAUGGUCUGCUACUACGGGAAACACUACUCCACCUUCUUCUUCCAGACCAAGAUCCGACGGUGGAUGUACUUCGAUGAUGCCCACGUGAAGGAGAUCGGGCCCAAGUGGAAGGACGUGGUCUCCCGCUGCAUCAAGGGCCACUACCAGCCUCUGCUGCUGCUGUACGCUGACCCGCGGGGGACGCCGGUGUCGGUGCAGGACCUGCCGUCGCGCCUCGACCUGCACCACCUCAGCAAGACGUGCUACGACAGCGAAGACUCGGGCCGCGAGCCGUCCAUCUCCAGCGACACUCGCACCGACUCUUCCACGGAGAGCUACUCGUGCCGACAGCCCUCCCAUGCUCACCAUGAGUCCCUGGCCAGCCACUACUCGUCCGACUCCCAGGGAACCGUCAUCUGCGUGGAGCGGCCCGACGGACCCCUGCACGCCUCGCUCUGCAGCCUGGAAACCAUAGGCCACGUGAUGGACAUUAUGCAGCACCAGUCUCUGAGGAAGGAAGGCGGGGCCAGGGAUAGGAGGCGGAGCUCAACUCGCCACUGGCGACAUAAACCUGACAACGAAGCCUCAUCAGCUGGUUACCACAGCGAGGGAGAGACUUUAAAGGAGCAGCAGGUUCCUCGUAACCUCCCCAAACCUUCAUCCUCCUCAUCUUCAACCAGUCGCCUCCGAGACUUCAGAGAGACCAUGAACAACAUCAUCCACAGCCGCCCCCUCUCCUCCUCUUCCUCCUCCUCCCUGCCUGCCGCCGUCCUCUCUGAGAUCACCUCCUCCUCCGACCACCAUCCUGCUGCAGGCCCUGCUCUGUGCUCCUCUUCCAGUAAACCUCAGGACUGGGAGGCCAACAGCACCAGCAGCGAGUCCAAAUCCAGCUCCUCAGGAGGAGCUGGGACAGGGAGGUACCGGCCGGCGUGGAGGCCACGGAGGGAGGCGCUGAACAUCGACACCAUCUUCACCCGCGAGAGGCGCAGGCAGGCGGGGUACAGCCCCCUCGGAGGCCCCCUGCCCGACGACAGUGGAGCUCCAGCGUCUGGAGGAGCUGACGCUUCCCUCACCACCCAGGAGGAGGCGAUGCCCAUCAGGCCCGGCUCCUCCUGGACUCUCCCCGCCUCCUCCAGCAGCUUCAGAAGAGGAAACAGAAGCGCAGACCUUCCUCCUCCUCCUCCUCCUCCCAAGCUGAUCCAGAGGAUGGAGAGCGGAUAUGAAAGCAGCGAGAGGAACAGCAGCAGUCCAAUCAGCCUAGACCUGAACCUGGGGGAAAGGGAGUGCGUUCUGAAGAAGCCUUCGUCCUCGUCCUCUUCCUCUGGGCCGUCGUGGAGGAACUCCAGGUCGAAGAGCAGCGGAUCUCUGCUGCAGGAUCUCAGCUCCACCAGCAGGGGGAGCCUUGCUCCCUCUGCAGGCCGCAGCGAGCUGGACGAGCUGCAGGAGGAGGUGCUGAGGAGAGCCAAGGAGGAGGAGCUGCAGCGGCGGCAGGAGAAGGAGAGGGAGGCGGCGCUCGGCUUCAACCCGAGACCCAGCAAAUACCUGGACCUGGAUCAGCUGCAGAUCCAAGGUAAAGGCGACAGCUUUGAGCGGUGUGUCUCAGAGGCGGAGCUUCUGCUGGACCAGUCGGUGCGUUUGGAGCAGGCAGGAGAAGUCGCUGCUGCGCUGUCAGCCGUCAACGAAGCUGUCUCCAAACUGCGGCCGGUGGCGGCUGAGGGCGGAGCUAGUAAUCACAGCCGGCUGCAGCGCUGCAUGAGGAGAGCCCGCAGCCUGCAGCAACGCAUGCUCCUGCAGCAGCAGAGGGAGUCAGAGGCAGGAAAACAGCAAGCAGAACAGCAGCAGCAGGAGGAGCAGCAGCUCCCGGAACAGCCCAGUGAAAAGCCUCUCUCACUCAGAGUACUUCUGACAGACAUUCAGGCUGACCAAUCAGCGGCCACUCAGGACCAGCAGGCUCCACCCCCUCCAACCUGCCUUGUUAAGCCCCUCCCUCUCUGUUCAAGCUUGGAAUCUGACCCCGCCUCCUGCGCCGCAGACCCUGCAGCUUCAACUGAGGAGGACAUCAGAAAAGGGAGCCCCUGCUCUCGCAUCGGGAAACCCCUCUGUAAUUCCAGGUCCCUGCCGGCCCUGUGUGUGGACCCCUUCCCAGGAGAUGUGACUCUUCCCCCUCCACCUGAAGAAGUGGACCACUCUGUUAUGUGGACCAGAAAGUCUCCUAUUUCCAUCCAAGCACAAGCUCCACCCCCUCCUAGGCCUUAUUCCCGAACCCCAUCACCUGUUGGAUCCAAUGACAGGUGUCAUGUGAUGAUGGAAAAGGAGCCGUAUUGCACCAGAUAUGCACAGACCACGCCCUCUUCUAGUCCCACCCCCAGAUUAGCCUCUCCCCCUGUCUCCUAUCCAACCAGGAACUGGUCCUGCUUAAAACUGGAUCAACCUGAUUUUGUAGAUUCUCCCAAUACAUUGGUAAGGUCACCAUUUUACACACCUCCGGCCUACCAGCCAGGCCACUCCUCUCCACCCCCAAGCCAGGAGUACAGAGCUCUGCCAGUGGAGCGCUGGGCAGAAAAUGUCAACAAAUACUACAGCUCGCACAACGCAGCAGGAGGUGGAGAAGGAGCAGCGGCACCCAGCGAGGAGCUAUCAGAGCUGGAGACGCUGUACCAAGCCAGUCUGCUCGCUCCCAGCAUGCAUCGGGGGAGCCGGGGUGUCAGUCCGCAGCCAGCUGGCAGCAAACCGAGUGUGAGGAGAAUGCUGUCUGCACCUGGACGAUCCAAAACACCGACUGCAGAGAUAGAGAGGCAUGCGUACAGGACUUCGGUCACACCUGUACAGAAGCCGCCAGGUGAGGACGAGAGCUACAGCGUAGAAAACUUGCGACGCCUUGCUCGCAGUCUGAGCGGAACCGUCAUUGGUUCACGACCACCGACCCCCUCACGCAGUUGUACCCCCUCUGUUUCCAGACCCCCACCCAGACACUUGGAUCUUCACUCGUCCUCUUCCUCUUUCCUCCUCCAUCGCCCCAGCACCUCCUCCCUGCACCUCCCCUCCUCCACCUCCUUCACAGCAGAUCACUCUUUCCACCAGCCCCGUCACCACGGACCCUCAGGUCCUCCACAGCACCCCCACAUGCAGACAUCACGACCCCCAGGCUCAGGGCCUUCCUCCUGGGGACACUCAGGGCCCCGCCUCCAGCAGCCGGUUCUGGUUGUGUCUGACCGGAGUCCGCCUCUCUCAGGUCAGAACCUUCACAGCGUCGUGAUGAAUUAUGGGACUCUUCCUCGGGCUCCUCGCCGAGCCCCGCCUCCUUCCUCCUCCUCGUCCCUCUACAGACCCAGAACUGGUCCUGCUCCUCUGCCUGGUCCACAGAGUCUCUAUGCCACGCUGGUCCACCCUCGCCGCUCAUCCACCACCACCAAUGGCCCGCCCCACCAGCUGUUAGGUAAUGUCAGCAGGAGCUCCGCCCACACUCCGAGCUCAACCCACACUCAGCACGUCAUCGGGGGGUCAGGUGAUGCCCCCUCCCAGCCUCUCCGCCUGGACGUCCCCCCUGACAGCGACUGGCGCCGCGAUGCCGACUACAGGACCGUCCAGCCCGGCUCCUCCUGGGACCUUCGCUCCACGCUCCACCACCGGCCCCCCCAUUGGUCUGACAGGGGCGUCGGCAGGAGCCCGCUGCUCUGCUCGCUGUGCCAGCAGCUUCCUGCCGAGCCGUCACGCUCCUACUGCCCGUCCUGCGGCGCUUACAUGGCCCGGUUCCGGCCCACAAACGCACAGUGAGAGUCCCGGUCCGGAUGGCUCAGAUCCAUCUUCACAGUUGAGUAUGAUGAAGAUGGAGGGCCACUUCACGCUGAGAUAAGACUCAGCUUCAGUUCCAGGAUCAGCUGAUCCCAACGCCAGGUGGUGAGGAGGAGCCAGCAGCCUCAGCCUGAUGAGGACGUAGGAGACGCAGAACUUUGGGAUUCUGCAGUUAAUCGAUUGGUUCUAUUAGCUCCUGAAAACGAUUUCCACCAUGUAUGGCUCAAUUUGUGGAGAUCUGCUGCUUCCAGCUUUAUCUUUAAAGAAUUAAACUAGCCCUCAUCUUCAUCAGUUUUUUUUUUUUCAACCAUCAGGACAAAGAAAAUCUGCUAACGUUGCCGUAGAAACGAGAAUUUUCUGAAUUUGUUAGAAAAGUUACCAGAAACCGAAGGUCAGAAGUUCGGACCAGAACGUGUUUCAGUGUCAAACUAAAUGAAUCUUCAGAUCCACUUUAACGAGUCUUUUCAUUGUCCUCGUGUCAGAGGUUUAGUGAUGGCUGAACUUCAGCCACCGGUCCAGAUGAUCGGCUGUGAGCCUGCAGGUGUUUCCUCAGAGGCUAGAUCCAUCUGUCAUCUAGACCCAUUUAUUUACACGAUCUUCCUCCAAUCAGACCCUCCUGCAGCGCUCUCUGUCUGAAAUGCUCUGUUUUAGCUCCACCCCCUGACAGGUCCAGUCUGCUCUGAUUGGUAGAAGAUGGCAAACGGCUGCGGGUCCUUUUAGGUGACAAUGAAGGUACCUGAUGGAUUUGCUGAUUCAGCCACCAGAAGAUCCAGAACAGAACCAGAAGAUCCAGAACAGAUCCAGAUCCAAGUCUAGAUCUUAAGGUUCUGGAGAAUUUUUUGGUUUUCUUUUUACUGUUUAGCCUCAAACUAUCAUUUGCGUGUUUUUUUCUCUAUUGAGAAACUUUCUGGAAACAUCUCCAACAAAUAACUUUCCUUUCCAACCCGAUGAGCUGGGUCCUGGUUCUGGUUCAGGUCCUGGUUCCGGUUUAGAUGGUGGCCUGCUUUAUCACACAGGCUCCUUGUUUUUUCUCCAUGCUUCCUGAGCAGCAGCAGAGGAGACGAGGAGGAGCCUGGACCGACGUUUGUUCACGUGGAACCGAACCACCAGUUCUUCUGAAGUUCUUGUUUCCUGGAUCGGAGCCUGUAUGUGAGCCAGGUCCCUCCAUCCUACGGAAAGCUAUGAGUGCCAUCGUUCUGUUUCAUGAGAUUCUUAUUAAAACUGUAUUUACAUUCACAACUUCUUACAGGGUUUUUCUGCACGGUAACAGAGUUCUUCUGACCAAUCAGUGAAGAGUACAACCGACCAAUCACAUCACCUGACACUGUUGGAACAGACUCCAUCAUUUUCUUAUAAAUCAGUUGAUUCGUGGUUAUUGAUUUUAUUAGAGCUGUUGGUGGUUGUAAAGCUGUAACUGUUGCUGCCAUCUAGUGGCCAUUUUAUAGAAAACAUCCAUCUACCGACAACCUGUUGAGGAGAAAAACGUUCUUCUUCAUCUGACAAAAACCAGACCAAUGUUUCUUCUUGUUUCUUCCUCCUAUCUGAAUUUUCUUCUUCUCUUCGUGUUUUCUGUAAUCAGUCUGAUCCUCCAGCAUCAGUAUCUUCUAAUUCCUCCACUUUCUUCUUCUUGUCUUUUAUGGCAGCAACAUGGCCGCCUCAUCAUCUACCAGCAAAGUAGAUUUAAACACACUGGUUUGGUUCUGGUUCAGCUCUUCACCCGCUGAUGGAGGAGAACCUGCAGAAAAACGCAGAUGAGGGAAGUAGAAGCAGCUUCCUGUUUGCUGUGAUUAGUUUCUUUCUGCAGCUGCGUAGAUGAACUCUUUGCUUCUCAGCUCUUCCAGUUUUCUCUCGUCUUGUUUGGGAUGUGCCGCCUUCUGCUCGUAGACGAGUUUAGAUUAAAGCUUUUAUUUUCCAGAGUUGCAGCUAAUAUUUAGCAUGAUGUUAGAUAUGGAAGCCCGUUCCUGCUGCAUGGAAAUGUUGACAAAGUAGCCCUGUUUAUAAGAUAAAAAGUCAGGAUUGAGAUUUAAAGUCAAAAUUGUGAGAUGUAAUGUAAGAAUGAGAUGGAAAAAAAAAAUUAUAAAAAAGUCUGAAUUAUUAGAUUUGAUGUCAUAAGAAAUAUAAUUAUUAGAUAAACGUUCUUAAUUGUGAGAUUCAAACUUUAUACAAAUUUUCUCAUGACUUGUUUAUCUCAUAAUUAUGACUGAAUUUCAUUUAUAUGACCUAAAAUCUCAUAAUUGGGAUUUUUUUAAUACUUUGUCACUUUAUUUUUUAUUUUUUUUAUUUCCAAGUGGCAGGAAUAGGCUUCCAUAGAUUCUCGCCUCCACGUUGUGUAUUUCUAUCCAAACGAGGACAUAUGCAGAUGUUUUUAGCCUCUGACUAAUUUAGUUCACUUCACAAGUGUUGAAGUAGAUUUUUCUUUGGCUUCUCGCUGAUUUUUUUCUCAACGGUUCAGCCUUCGGCUCCCAGAGCAGCUCCGGAGUUUUCCGGCUCUUGUUAGGUGAUGAACGCUCCAGAAACAUUCGGCUGAAACGACCCGAGCCAGACCGGUCCGGUCCGGGUUUGUUUCAGCUCAGGUGUGAGGUAGAGACGUCAAACCGUGACAAUAAGCAGAUGAAGAGAAGUUAUUUUUUCAUCUUUUUGUGUUUUUGGCUUUUUGCUUUGCCAGAUUAUAUUUUGUUGUUUUGGUAUAUUUUUGAUGCUUAUUUUUCUACACUGUAGAUUAACAGAGAUUAUUAAAAUGUUUAAU